CUGUACGAGAAAGGGUUGUUAGAAGAAAUCGCAGCAGUGUGUGCAGCCAAAUCACCUUUCCGACGCUGGUGGCUGUGGUGGUGGUAGUGGCGGCAUUAAUUAUUUGCCGUCCGUCCCGGUGACACGAGCGAAAAGGAUUAGAAAAGCAAAGAAAACCUGAAGAAAAGAAAGGUAAAAGCCCGUCCCAGCCACUCCAGUGUGUGGUAAAGACGCAACGAAUUUGUGAAACGACCGUGAGUGCGCGUGUGUGUGUGUGUGUGUGUGGUGGGCUAAUUUCGUUAAUUUCGGAGUCUAUUUCGUCGUUUGAAACGGGAAGAAAAGCGGUAGGAAAGAGUUGUGCUUCCGUCGCCGUCGGUUGUGUGUGGCUGCUGCAGCGUCUUCGAAGGUAUUUCGGCACGAGAGAGAGAGAGAGAGUGAGAAAAGGAGAGCGCGUGUAGCCAGCAGCCAUCAGUUUUCAUUAGUCCCCGUGUGUUGGUGUGUGUGUGUGUUGUGUCUAGUUGUAUAAUUUCUAACGAUAAGCGGAUUCUAGUGCAAUUCGAGGUGGUGUGGAAAGGCCCCCCGAAAACGUGCCAAAACGUGCCGCAAAAAUUGUGGAAUGUGCUAUCGGCGGGUGCGUUAGUUUUCUAUUUCGCUUCUGUGUGUUAACAACAACAAAAAGUGCAGUGCAAAUACGACACACAACCCCCGCCCCACAAAUACGCAUCCGCGAAGGUUGCAAAGCGCGUGAAAAUUGAAUCCCGCUUUUCGUUCGCUGGUUUUUGGUUUCCAUCCGUUUUAGUGGUUUAGUUUUGUUUCCCUCCCCGAAGCACGACAGUUAAAGCGCCGCAGAAAAAAGGAAAAACAUGGCCGAUCAACAGCAGUACUUCCUCAAGUGGAAUGACUUCCAGACGAACAUGGUGACAUCAUUCCGUCAUCUACGGAACGAGAAAAGCUUUACAGAUGUGACACUAGCGUGUGAGGGACAGACGUGCAAAGCUCACAAGAUGGUCCUGUCGGCCUGUAGUCCAUAUUUCAAAUCACUGCUGGAGGAAAAUCCCUCCAAACACCCGAUCAUCAUCCUGAAAGACGUGUCCUACAACCAUCUGCAGGCGAUCCUCGAGUUUAUGUACGCGGGCGAGGUGAACGUGUCGCAGGAGCAGCUCCCAACGUUCCUCAAGACCGCCGACCGACUGAAAGUGAAGGGGCUGGCGGAAACGCCGACAAAUAUCAAGCGGGAAGGUUGAUUUUCCACACCUUCACACGGAUGGGCGGCGGCGGCGGCGGCGGCAUAUGCUGUGUUGCUGUGUUGGCUAGGGGGAUGGGGGACAACAAGCCACCACCUCCAUCUCAUGCUCCGUGUGCUGUUUUUUUUCUCUUCCUUUUUAUUAUCAAAAAGAACUCUUUUAUAUAUAUACACAAAUACACACACACACACAUAUUAUAUAUAUAUACAAAUCACACCAACACGGAAACCACAAGACAUAAUUAGCUAUAAAUAGUGAAGAAACGAAAGCAAGCGGUGGAAGCAAAGAUGAUGCUGAUGAUGAUUGUUUAGAAUCGUGAAAAUUCCCCGUCGGUGCAAGGAAACGGCGUUUGCAAAAGAUUGCAAUAUCGUUUUUUUCUUUUCUUUUCGUUUUUCCCCCUCCUGUUCCCUUCCCUGUUUAAUUGCACCUUAGCCUAAACCAUCACGUGCGCCUGCCAGACGAACGUGUUGUGAUGUUUAUGGCGGCGGUGAUUUGUUUAAACGGGAUGUGCGCAGGAGUGAUGUUACUAAAACGCGCGCGCGUGGAUAUGUUGCUGCAGCGUCCGUUUUCCCCCUACCCCCCUCCCCCUCCCCCUGCUAGAAGCAUAUUAAAUUUGUAGGAGAAAAGGAGCUGUUGACCGACCGACCGACCGUCGUCCGAUGGUGUGUGUAUGGGGUGUGAUGGUCAGAUUGAUAGGAGAGAGCAAUUAUUAGAACGAUAGGCAAAUAAAACUAAUUUAGUGUAGCCACUCCAAUACCGCGCCUGCGAGAGAUAGAGCAAGAAGCUUCCGGAAUGUGUGUUGAGGUUUAAUGACAAGGACUAGAGAAGUUGAAGGAUAUGCAGCAAACAGUACAGGAAAGUGUAAGGGACCGAAAGAAAGUUAGUAUGUACCGUUUAGAGCUCUACAAUUAAGGGGAAACGCAGCAGCAAAUGCGGACGAUCAGAAAGAGAGAGACAGAGAGAGGGAAACAAGAGCCGCAUAUUACUAUAGUGAUUAACUCGCACAGCCGCCUACUGGACACACAUAUGAAGAAAGCGUUGCGAAGAAAACGGAAAGCGAAACGAGCAAGACGACACCAGGAAUGUAUAGUUCCGCCAGUAGUACGGGGAGAAAAGAAAAGGAAAGCAAAAUGUAAGUUUGCAAUUGAUUUCUUUGUUUUUUUUUUUUUAAAUUUUGAUUUUACCAUCUUCAAGACACAGUAACUUUUAAUUUUACAAUCGUUUGCUGCAUACAUACUGCGUACGUACACUAAAGCAGAAUUUAUGCUACAAUUGGUGAUGAGUUAAUUGCACACACACAAUAGGGCAAAACACAGACACUUCACCAUUCACCCCUCCCAAACCAUCCGUUGAUCAGUUAGUUAUCUAUCAAUUGCUAUCAAAAGCGUUGGCCCGUUUAUUAGUUUCUUUCUCCCGCAACAGCCAGCCUCCCUUCUUUCCUCCCCCCUGUAGCGCAGUUCAUAUAAAUGCCCAUCUUGCUUGAUAUGCCGGGCAAAAAGGCCUUAGAACGCAUCAUAGAGAGCGAGAGAGACAGUGAAAGAAUGUGUGUAUGCGAUAGUGGACAGCGAGAAAGAGAGGUGCGUGUGAGCGUGUGUGUGUGUGUUUAUAUGAUAAGACAAAUAAGCACCGCAUAAUUACCAUUUAUUCCAAAUGAAAAGCUGUACAAUAACUUCCGAAUGUAGAAUUCUUGUUUGUUUUUGUUUUUUUUCUUUCUUUUUUUCACUUCGUAGUCUUUUCCGUGUGUGUGUGUUUUGUGAACCAAGGGUAAUAGUUUUGGUUACCUAUUUUCCACUAUUUGUCGCAUACACGCGUUAGAGGUUUUUUUGUUUGUUGGUAUUUCAACACUUUUGCUUAAUUUAUGUUACCCUUUUCACAUGGGACGGUAGAACUACUGGUGCUACCUACCAACGCCACACGGAUAAUGCCUUCUUUCUUAUUAGAUUUAACCAAUCCAUUCAAUUCAAACUUCUCUUGGCCACAAGGAGGCACAUGGCGCGUGCAUUAAAAAUUGGGAAAACCAGUACGCAAGGAUGCUAUUUACAUUCGGGGCUUUCUCUUUGUUUGCGAGAUGAAAUGUACAUAUAAAUAUUAUAGCACGAUCUUGUUGCGGAAAGCCGAAGUAAAACUGUGCAGAUGGCACCAGGCCCCAAUUUUCAACACACACUAAAAAGCAAAAGAAGGAUGCCCGCAAGGAAGAGAUUUGAUUAGAGAAAGGUGUUAUUUUCAACUGCAAAUGAUAUGACCCUGUAGAGACGCUACAUAACCAUCCCAAUUGCUAGCAUUCUAUGGUGCUGUGGCGUUAGUCCUCUGUUAAUUGAAUUAUUCCGUAUCAACUGAGUUCGAUCUGAUCUGUGAACAUGUUAGGCUGACCUUUAACUGAUAUACCACUUUCCGUUGCAGUAUCGUAACACCAGAAGCAACACACACACAGCACCCUUACUCCUAUUACGUUUCUUUGUUAGCACUAUUAUUACUAAUUCUGGAGGCGCGCGCGCGAAAUACAUUUUGUAGGAAGUAAAUAAUUACACACACACGCCCGA